UGUUAUUAAAGACACAGUCGGACUGUAGACUUGUCUGUCUAUUUUCAGUGAAUCCCAUUAACACAGAGUAUGACAGGGAGCUGUUUUAGUCACAGCCGAUGAGUCAGUUCUCUAGGUUUGAGACACAGCCAGAGUGCAACUCUACACCUCCAUUAAUUAAUAAUCCAGUGAUCUCCGAGCACCACACGGUGCUUGUCUGAAUGAAGAGAGCACUUGCAUCAGCUUGCAAACUUUCUCUUCUGUCGGAUCCAAUGAGCACACUUUAUUUCAAGCAGUUCUGGAGUUUGAUUAUCAUUUCUCUAAGCCACUACUAGUUGUUUGUUCUCUACUGUCUGAAUAUUGCUUUUAACGCACACCUUCGGGUGGCCCGUCAUCUCCGGCAAACAUGACUAAAAUGUUAUCGGCCCAGGAGGCUGCCAAGAUCUAUCACACGAAUUACGUGAGAAACGCCAGGGCCGUUGGUGUUCUGUGGACUAUCUUCACCAUCUGCUUCGCCAUCAUCUGUGUGGUGGUCUUCAUUCAGCCUUACUGGAUUGGAGACAGCGUUGACACCCCUCAGUCCGGAUACUUUGGGCUUUUUCACUACUGCAUUGGGAACCCCAUCACAGGAGAGCUGGUGUGUAAGGGCAGCGCUUUGGACUUUGGAUCUAUACCUUCAGGUGCCUUCAAAACCGCUAUGUUCUUCGUUGGGAUCUCUUUGCUGCUGAUCGUGGGGACUAUUGUCUGCUUCAGUUUGUUCUUCUUCUGCAACUCAGGCAGCGUCUACAAGAUCUGUGCAUGGAUGCAGCUGGCAGCUGCGACUUGUAUGGUGAUAGGCUGCAUGAUCUACCCGGACGGCUGGGACUCAGAGGAGGUGAAGAGGAUGUGUGGUCAGCGGACGGAUAAAUACACGCUGGGGAACUGCACAGUGCGCUGGGCCUACAUCCUGGCCAUCAUCAGCAUCAUGGACUCGCUCACGUUAUCCUUCCUGGCCUUCGUCCUGGGCAACCGGCAAGACAAACUCCUGCCAGAAGACUUCCAGGUGGAGGGGAAGAAAGGUACUCUCAGUACUGACCAGACUACUUGCAAUGGACCUGGAGUCCAUUAG